ACCCCGCCUCCGAAACCAACCAACGGGAAGAAGCAAGCCGCCUCGCUUCCUCCUUCCUCCAGAGCCUUCCAUCCCCAUUCCCCUGCCCACCGGCCAGAAGGAAAUUCCCCAAUCCCUCCCUCCCUCCCCACCCACCCCAAGCAAGCAAUCCCACCCCCCGCAGAUCGAGGCCAUGGAGUGCGAGCCGGAGGAGCUGCAGUUCCUGGGGGCGGCGGGCAUCUACGCCGCCUCCGCAUCGAUCCUCCGCGGCCCGCACCGGCCCCUCUUCGCCCGCGUCGCCGCCGCCUUCGUCCUCCCGCUCGCCGCCCUCUUCCUCCUCCACGUCGCCAUCUCCCACGCGCUCUUCACCCACAUCGACACCGACGACACCGCCCUCGACUCCUCCGCCCCGGGCACCGACGCCCAGCGCCGCCUCCUCUCCCGCCUCGCCUCCGACUGGCUCGCCCUCCUCCUCUUCAAGGCCGCCUACCUCCUCGCCCUCCUCCUCCUCUCCCUCCUCGCCACCGCCGCCGCCGUCUUCUCCGUCGCCUCCGUCUACUCCGCCAAGCACGACGCGCUCACCUUCCCGCGGGUGCUCUCCGUCGUGCCCCGGGUGUGGAGGAGGCUCGCGGCCACGUUCCUCGCGGCCUUCGCGCUCCUCUUCGCGUACCACGCGGUGUUCGUCGUCGUCUUCCUCGGGCUCCUAGUCGCCGCGGAUAACGGGUCGGGGCUCGCGGGGCUGCUCGCGUUCCUCCUCCUCGUCGCCUACCUCGUGGGACUCGUCUACAUCAGCGUCGUGUGGCACCUCGCCAGCGUCGUCUCCGUGCUCGAGGACUACAAGGGCUUCGCAGCCAUGCGCAAGAGCAGGGACCUCAUCAGGGGGAAGCUGCCCACCGCCGCGGCCAUCUUCGUCACGCUCAACCUCGUCUUCGCCGUCGUCGAGCUCGCCUUCCGCGCCUGGGUCGUCAAGGCCGGCGGGUCCUCACCGGCCCUCGCGAGGCUCCUCGUCGGCCUCCUCGCGCUCGCCGCGCUCUCCUGCGUCGUCAUGCUCGCGCUCGUCGCCCAGACCCUCGUCUACCUCGUCUGCAAGAGCUACCACCACGAGAGCAUCGACAAGGCAGGCAUCUCCGACCACCUCGAGGUGUACCUCGGAGACUACGUCCCGCUCAAGGCGUCCGACGUCCAGAUGGAGCAAUUCCAGGUCUGACAUCCUCCCCUGCUGCAAAUCCAUCCUCUCUGGCUGGCUGGAUCAUUGUUGCAAAUCCUCUGUACUCUCCUCCUUAGCAGUCAGCAGCUUGCUUGUUGUAAUCUGUAACUGUACACGCCAAACAUGUGAUGAACAUAGUGCUACUUAUUAGGGAAUUGGAAUGGAUUGGUGGUAUAUUGGUUUG